CCACAACCACCCGCCCGCCCGCCGACGCACGCGCCAACGGCCCCGCUGCUCCAACGGCCGCCGCGCCUCGCGCGCAUCCUCCCUCCGCUCCACCACUCUCCGCGCAACCGCCCGCCUCAUCUUGCCCUGCGCCGAGGCGACAGCGCUUCUUGCCCGCCUGCUCCGCAUCUGGCGGCCCAGACCGAUAGCGACACCUGAGCCGCCUGCGUCGCGCAGUCCUCUGCGCCUCCCGGACGCCGCGAGCGUCGGCCCUGCCGCGCGCAUUGCUUGGCGGCCAGUCGCGCGGCCCGGGCCAUGCGCGCACAGGACCUGCUGCAGGUCCUGCUGCCCGACAAUGCGACCAUCCUCAGCGCCUCGCUGCCCGUAAACGCGCACAGCGAUGGCUCCGAGACGACCGUCGAGCUGCUGCUCGGCGCGCUGCUCGCCGACCCGGCCAACGCACGCGCCCUCACGCGCGUCUUUGGCCACCACUUCGACGCCAAGACGGCCGCCGAUGCCGCUGCCGCGAGCUCGGCAGGCGCCAUCUGGCGCAUUGAUGCCAGCGGCAUGAGCUGGGCACUGCAGACCGUUGAGAGCUCGCAGCCGAACAGGGAGUGGCAGGACGGCGAGCUGGAAGGGCUGGGCGAUGGAUUGCUGCCUCUGGACACGCCCGUCUUCACCUUCCUCCACGCUCUCCUGGCGCCUCGUCCCGACGGCACCCUGCCGCCGUCUCACGCGCCGCUAGCCGCCGCACUCGCUGGCACGCUGCGUUCAGCGCGCGGAUCUGGCUUCUCCGACUUCAUCCUCUCAUCGCAUCUGCACACGCCGCGGCUGCGGCUGGUGUGCGGCGCGCCUGGCUUGGCAGUGCGCCUGCGCUUCGCACACGUGCCGGAGGUGUACGACGGCUGGGAUGGGCGCGUGUGCUUCCUGCCUGCUGCUGCAGAUCCUGCUGCAGGUGCCACUGGGUCCGGCAGCACUGCCUCCGAGCUGGUUGAGGCUGUGUGCGAUGAACUCGGCGUGCGGCGCGUAGUGCUGCAAGGAUCCAAGUCGGCAAGGGUGGAGUACGCCUUGGCCGACCUGCCUGCGGAAUACGUCGUCUCGCCGAUGCCGCCACCGCCGCCGAUCCGCGCAGACACGCCGCUGCCACAGCAUCUCCUCACGCUGCCGGGACCGCCGGAAGAGUACCCCGGCAUGCUCUUCACAGUGUCCGCCAGCUGGCUCAACCGCCUCGGCACAGUAGCGCUGGGCUUCCAGAAGCAUGCUCGCCGAGCGCCGAGCCAGUCGCCCACCCGCUCGGCAGGCCCUGUCGAGCCACCUCUGACGCCCGGCACUCCAAGCCGGAGCGCGGCCAAGCCAGGCAUGAUGAGCCUGUGGGCUGCCAGCAUCGGACGUGGCGCAGCUGCACCCGCACUCGAGACCAAGUCCUCGUCCUCCGCCGCGUCAACCUCAAGCGCGAGCAGCAGCACCGGCGACGCGGAUCUCGAUGCCUUGGGCAGCGACGCCGGCAUCGCGGGCGACGAGGACGAGCCUGUUGGCGAGGGAACGCUGAAAGGCGCGCCCGCCAUGGUGCCUCAGACCUCCGACGAUGGCUCACGGACCCUCACCUCGGCGGAGAGCGCGGCGGCCGCGGCCGCAGCCGCCACUGCGGCUCAGGCUGAGACUCGCGCUGGCGGCGCAACAGGCUCGCUGUCGCAGGCGGCCGGUGCUGCCAUCAUGGCGCCCAAAGCGCGCGGCAAAGGCGCGCCGCACACUGCGACAGCCAGGCUGUCUCGGAUGUUUGAAGGGUGGGGCGCUGGCGCAGCAGGAGAUCCUCCUGUUGCUGCAAGUGGCGCUCCACCGCGCACGCCAGGAGCACCUGGCACGCCGGGCUCGCGACCGCCGGGCGCACCAGCGACACUGGGGCGCAGCGGCCGCAUCGUCAGCGUCAGUGGGCCGCUCGAGCUCGAGGAGACGCCCCGCUCGCCCACCGGGCUGGUCUCGCCGACGCUGGCCUCCGCCGCGAUGACAUCGCCGAUGCUCGGUACUCAGAGCGGCGAAGUGCUCGAGGGCGAGGCCCUUGCGAAGCGCUUCGAGGUCCUCAUGGCGGACCUUGGCAUGAAAGGCAGCAGCCGCACCGCAAUGCUCGCUCUACCCGACGACCGCAAGCGCUUCCUCAUCGCGCAGAACGAGUCGGCGCGUGAGGUCGAGCCGGCCACACCAUCCCGCAGCGCCAGUGGCUCCAAGCCAGCACGCGCGCCGACGGCGCUGCGUCCGGCGGACGAGGCAGCUGGGCCUGGCGGCAUCGCCGACACGCUCAGCCGCGCAAGCACGGCGCUGAUGUGGGGCAACCGCUUCAGCAUCGCCAGCAUCGCCAGCUGGGGGACCGCGGACACGGGCGGCAGCGGAGAAGCGGCAGAUGAAGCAAGCCCGCGCACCAGCGUGGCGACGAGCUUCACCGCGCCUUCCAGCAACGGCCGGCCGACUACAGUCGUGAGCACCGAGUCGCCAACGAUGAGCCACGACAGCAUGGAGCGCAAGGCGCCGACCCAAGCGGCAGAUGCAUUGCUCCGCGCCCAGCACACCGGCAGCAGCGGCAAUGGAGCAAGUCUGUGGAGCAGCUGGUGGGGCGGUGGCGCUGCUGCAGGGUCUCAAACCGCAGCGGCAGGCUCCAGCGCUCCCUCUGCGGCGACCGAGAGAGACAGCCCGGCCUACUAUCCGACCGCGCUGCUCUCUGGCAAGCUGGGCCGGAAGGACCUCGUCAAGCACCUAAUCAGCCUGCGCGUCACGCUCUCGUCCGCCAAGCUGACCUGGAUUGCCGCGUUCCUCGAUGCGCGCGGCCUUGACGCUCUCGAGGCGCUGCUGCGCACAGAGACCGAGCCGCUGCUCUCGCGCGGCAAGGGCAAGGAGCGCGAGCGCAAGGAGAUGAGCGACGUCGUGCUCGCAGAGUGCAUCAAAUGCUUGCGCACGCUCAUGAACACCGAGCUGGGCUUCGAGCGCGUGCUUCAGCAGCCGAUGCUCGUCACCUUCAUCGCAUACAGCCUCCGCGCACCGUCUUACAAGCUGCGCUCGCAGAUCGCAGACGUGCUCGCCGCGCUCUGUGUGCUGAGCCUUGCGGAUGGCCACCGACUCGUCUGUGCGGCGCUGUCGGAGCUCGCCGUCGCAGCCGGCGACCGCUUCCGCUUUGCCUUCCUCGUCAGCAGCCUCAACGUGGGCGGCAGCACGACGGGCGCCGAGUCGGAUGCGGGCUCGCACUCCGAUGAGGAUGGAGAGGGCGACGAGGCAGCCAUGUGGGAGUACCGCACGUCUGCCAUGGUCCUCAUCAACGCGAUCACGAACAGCCCGGAGGAUCUCGAGGAGCGCGUCGCGCUUCGCGAAGAGUGCGCUCGUCGCGGCCUCAACGAAGCGAUGGUCGGGCUGCGCUACGUCGAGCCGCCAGAUGCACUGCUGGUGCAGCUGCAGGUGUUCGCCGAGGAGAAGCAGGAGGACCAGUCCGAGCUGCACGACCGCCUUGUCCGACGGGGCGGCGAGGUCGAGGACGAUUCGUCGCGGACGCCGCAGAGCGUCAGCGUCAGUGCGCUCGGAGAGGUGGGCGAGCUGCUGCGCUCCGCACAACUCGACAGUCCCGACCUCUAUCCGCUCAUCGCAAGCAUGGUCUCGUAUACGACGCGCAUCUUGGCGCGCGACAUCGAUCACCAGCUCAAGGCCGACCUGCUCUUCGUCCUGGAGAAGUUCCUCGAGCACUCCGUCGAGGUCGUUGACUUUGACGACGGCUGGCGCAGCUUCAUGCGGCAGUACCUGUCGAGCGUGCAGCACAUCGUCGGCAAGCAGGCGAUGAUCAAGGCGAAUCGCAUGAGCGACACGAGCACCGUGCCGAGCAGCUUCGUCGAGGAGCUCGAGGGCCUCCGCGCCAAGGUCGAGGAGCUCAGCGACGAGCGAUCACGGCUCAAGGCUGAGCUCAAUGAGUCGAUCGCGCAGGCCAACACCCUCCGAGGCUUGCCACGUUCUCUCUCGGCAGACCGCGAUCUCGCCUCCGUCGCUGGCGGAGAUGUGCCGCAGGACGCCAAGAGACGCGGCGAGAAGGAAGGAUUCGCCGGCGUGAUUCAGCGGCUGGUGCAGAAGGAGAAGCAGGUGCUGCAGCUGCAGGCGGAGGUCGACCGGCUCUCUGCUGCUAACCCGGCGGAUCGCGGAGGCGGCGCAGAUGCCGAGGAGCGAGCAAAGCGCGAGCGUCUCGAACGUAACCGGCAGUGGACGAACCUCAUGGAGGAGAUUGCCCGGCACAAGGAGCGCAUCGCCGAGUCUGAAGGCCAAGUCGAGGCACGCGAGCGCGAGAUCAAGUACCUCAAGCGGGCGCUCGAAGCCGUGUACGGCAGAUUCCAGGCCUCGACGUCCGCCACGGGCGCUGGCAGCACCGAUGACGCCACGAAGGAGGCAGCGACGAGCGCUGCGCCCAAGAACGAGGUCGACGCAGACAUCAUGGCACAGCGAUCUAUUGACGCGCUCGGCGAGAAGGACUCUGUCAUCGCGACGCUGCGAUCGGACCUGGCAAGGCUGCAGGAGCAGAUGAUCGUUGCUACAGAGCAGCAGCGCUCCCAGGCAACGGCGCUCACCGAGCAGCACGCCGUGGCGCUAAGCGAGAGCAAGGCGCAGAUCGUUCGUCUCGAGGGCGAGAUGAGCAGGCUUCAGGCGCUCUUGCUGCAAUUUCAGCUCGACGCACCGCCAGUCGGAGCAGGCACGACAACACGGUCGCUGUCCGUCCAUCGCAGUGCUCCACAGCCACCCGCCGCAGCUGUCGAAUCAGGGCCAACGCCUGCGACUGCGAUGGCAGUUAGCGCAGGAGGGCCGCCCCCGCCACCGCCUCCGCCGCCUCCGCCGCCUCCGCCGCCGCCUGCCGCAUCGGAUGGACAUUUGUCUGCCGGCAAGGAUCGGUUCGCUGCCGGUCCUCCUCCUCCUCCGCCUCCGCCGCCACCACCGCCGCCAGCAGCGGCAGCCAUGCCCGUCGCCAUGAGUGCAAUGGGCCCUCCGCCACCACCUCCUCCUCCACCGCCGCCGCCUGCGACCGGAGGCUCGGCGGCCUCCGGACCUCCUGGUCCACCUCCUCCGCCGCCACCGCCGCCGCCGCCGAUGGCAGCCGCUGGGCCCGCAAGCAUGGGCGGACCGCCGCCACCACCACCGCCUCCGCCGCCAGGCGCACCCACUGCCCCUGCGCCACCGCCGCCACCGGGUGCGCCCACUGCACCUUUGCCGCCGCCUCCUCCAGGUGCCCGACCACCGCCAAGCGCUCCGAAGCUUCCGAAGCUGCCCCAGAAGAAGCGACGCCCGCUCUUCUGGACGAAGCUGCCGAACCAGGUGCUUGCACGCACCGUGUGGAACGAUCUGCCGGGAAGCCCCAUCGAGCUGCCCAUCGACGAGGUCGACAGUCUCUUUGCUCUGGAUCGAGCAGCGCCAGUCGUCAAGGCCGCCACCGCCGCCACCGCCAAGAAGCAAGGCCCGACGACUAUCAUCGACCCUGGUCGCGCGCACAGCGUCGGCAUCCUGCUGGCGCGCCUCAAGCACACGUUCCCACAAAUCCGGCAGGCCAUCCUCGACCUCGACGAGGAGCGGCUGAGUCUCGACAAUCUGCGUGCGCUAGAGAAGUGCCUGCCCACGCCGGACGAGGCCGAGCUCAUCCGCGACUACGACGGCGACAUCAGCGCGCUGAGCAAGGGCGACCAGUACUUCCGCGAGAUUGUCGGCAUUCCGCGGCUGAGCGAGCGGCUCAGCUGCAUGGUGUUCAUGCGCAAGUUCGAGAUGGACCUCGAGGAGCUCAAGCCCGACCUCAAGGUGCUGCGCGACGCCGUCGACGAAGUGAGCGCGAGCGACAAGUUCAAGCGCGUGCUGCAGACUGUGCUGCUGCUCGGCAACAUGCUCAACGGCUCGACGUUCCGCGGCUCGGCGGCUGGCUUCCAGCUGGGCGACUUGCUCAAGCUGCGCGAGACGAAGCCUGCGGUGCCGACGCCAGCCACACCGACGCUUCUGCACUUCCUCGUGCGCGUGCUCAACCGCGCCGACAAGGCGCUGGUCGGGUACCUAGACGACUGCUCGCACGUCGAGGCGGCUGCGCGCCUGUCGACUCAGUCGAUCAUGGCCUCGGUCACGGCCAUCCUGGCCGGACAGCAGCAGGUGCGCGAGGAGGCAGAGAUGCUCAGCCGCACGCGCAUCGCCUCUGCCGGCGACCGCUUCCUCGCGGCGACGACGCAGUUCCUUGCCUCGACGAAUUCGCAAGUCCGCGCUCUGCAGUCAGCUGGCGAGCACAUCCAGGCGGACCUGCUGCGCCUCGUCGCGUACUACGGCGACGACCCGACCGUGGUGCGGCCCGAGGAGUUCUUCGGCACCAUUGCGAGCUUCGGGCAGGCGCUGAUGCGCGCCGAGGCCGAGGUGCUGGAGCACGAUCGCAAGGCCGAGCUGGCGGCGCAGAAGAGCGCAAAGGCGCAGUUUGGCGCUGCUCUGCGCGGCGCAGCGCUGCGCAUUCCCCAGCCUCCGGCGCCAGAGGUGCGCGGGCCCCUGGCAAGCCAGGCGAACGAGGCAAGCCAGCCGGCGAGCAGCAGCGUCGAUGCGCCGUCCGCGCUGGCUGUCACCAUCGAGGAGGCCGACGAGGCAGCCGACGUCGUCUCGCCCGUCGGCUCGGACCUGACGCCGACUGCCGGUGCGCCGGGCUCGCGCUUCCGCUCCUGGGGCGCCUCGGCGGCGGCCACGAUGGGCGACGCAUCCAGCUCGGGCGUGCAGCGCGGCAGCUACCGCGGCGGGCGCGGCCAGCUGGACGAGGCGAUCAAGGAGCUGCGCAGCGGCGUGCGCGGCGACCGUGGCGAGCGCAUGGCGCAGGCGCUCAGCAACGCCGCAGGGCCCGGUGGUACGCUGAGCGGCCGCAAGAGCCUGCGCCGCCAGGACACGCUGCGAGCCUCGCAUCGGCCGCUGAGCCGCGUCUUCCUCGACGCAUGAGCGCAGCCGGCCCUAGUCCAUACCUGACCUCGGUGUCCGACGUCCGAGAUCGCUCCGGCCUGCGUGCUGCGAGUGCCCGAUACCUACGCAAUGCUACAUCUAUGCGCUG